CAGAAGGGGGUCAUUCUCCACAUAUAGUUUCAUUCUAGCUUUUUUAUAGCACUCAACUCGAUAAUGUCUGUGCGCCGUAACCUUGAAUGGGUUUAAGUGACGACGCGUCUUUUUAUGCACGAUCAAAUGAAGAGUGAUACUUUGCGUUGUCUGAAUAGGUGUCCUCUUCAGAUUAGCAUCAUCAUAUCUCAGUGCUAUGUGCUGUAGUAAGAGCCGAGGGGGAGGCUACAGGAGGGACAAGGGUUUUACAUCUCAGAAAGGGGUGGAGCUUCAUACGGUUCUUCUAUUUUUUUUGAUGCUAUAGCGUUCAGUCUAUCACGUCCUCCCAAUCGCUCAGCACACCACCAAAAACCGUCAACUAACCUAAGACUGACGUGAUUUUGACAGGAGUAGACCAACAGGAAUUUACGCAUUGCUAUUUGUUGCGCAAUCAUACCAUUUCUUUGUCAAAUUUUUAACUUUUAAAAGUGGCCUACUCGUUCGCUAUUUUUCUAGCACGUUAUUACCCUUAUUUUAGCAUCGGGGAAUCCACUGCAACUUUUGAGAAAAGCAAGUGGUGCCUUUUGACAUUGUUAUUUUCGCUGUAGCACAUUGUGUUGGGUUGCAAGUUGCGCUUGGAUUGCUGGUUCUAUGGAAUCUUGGAAGUUCGUAUCAAGACCAGAACAACGAGGAUGCCAAGAGGAUACGCAGGGAGAAUCGGUUGAAGACAACAUUCAGACUGAAAACAGCACGGACCUUUUGCAUGAAUAGGCUACCUGCAAGACACACCUCUAUUGCCUAGGCUACUCAGAUUAAUUAGUGUUAGAUAAUGAAUAUCAUAUUGAUUUUAGACUGAAAGAUCAUUUUCAUUACAUGCUGUGAAUUGAAGAAAACUAUCAGAGAAUAUUUUUUAUAUAGUCGAGUACCGUUCCCGGUAACCUAUAAUUUACAAUUUUCUGUAACAGAUCGCGUUCAAUUUUCAAUGUGCCAUCAGCCGGACAAUAUUGCUCCUGUAUGUGAUUGAAACAUAUACAAUCUUCUCUUUUUGCCUCGCUGAAAAGCGCAUAUUGAUUGUGUUGCGGCAUCAUGAUGGAGGAACAAGCCCGGAUAAUGCAGGCGCUCAGCGGCGUGACUCUGGCUGGCCAUUCGGUACAAGGAGGCAUGGGACUACCGCCGCCCCACGGACACGAGGGGACCGAUGGGGACGGAAGAAAACAAGAUAUUGGGGACAUUCUUCAUCAAAUAAUGACAAUUACCGACCAAAGUCUGGAUGAGGCGCAAGCAAAGAAACAUGGAUUGAACUGUCACAGAAUGAAACCCGCGCUCUUCAGCGUUCUCUGCGAAAUCAAAGAGAAAACAGGUCUCAGUAUCCGGGGUGCUCAGGAGCAGGAUCCUCCGGACCCCCAGCUCAUGAGGCUGGACAACAUGCUGCUGGCCGAGGGCGUGUCCGGGCCAGAGAAAGGUGGUGGAUCUGCGGCCGCUGCGGCAGCUGCCGCUGCAGCGGGGGGCGGAGCCGAGAACUCCAUUGAACACUCGGACUACAGGGCCAAGCUGACGCAAAUCAGACAGAUUUACCACACAGAGCUGGAGAAAUAUGAGCAGGCGUGUAAUGAGUUCACCACCCACGUGAUGAACCUGCUGAGGGAGCAGAGUCGCACUCGGCCCAUCUCUCCCAAGGAGAUCGAGCGCAUGGUGGGGAUCAUCCACCGCAAGUUCAGCUCCAUCCAGAUGCAGCUCAAACAGAGCACCUGUGAGGCCGUCAUGAUCCUACGCUCCAGGUUCCUCGACGCCAGACGGAAAAGGCGGAACUUCAGCAAGCAGGCCACGGAGAUCCUGAACGAGUACUUCUACUCACACCUCAGCAACCCUUACCCGAGCGAGGAGGCCAAGGAGGAACUAGCAAAAAAGUGCAGCAUCACUGUGUCCCAGGGUGUAGGAACCACCAUCACAGUGUCACAGGUGUCCAAUUGGUUCGGCAACAAGAGGAUCCGGUACAAGAAGAACAUCGGCAAGUUCCAGGAGGAGGCUAACCUCUAUGCAGCCAAGACAGCGGUGACGGCAACCCAUGCCGUGGCAGCAGCCAUCCACAACAGCCAGGCCAACUCACCCACCACGCCCAACUCUGGCUUCCAGAUGAAAGAUGAGGAAUUUCAACUGGACUCUGCUGAGAGCAAAAACUCCCUUUUAACCAACAUGUUCACUGCCGGUUCCUCUGCCUCUUUUAGCCUCCCUAACUCUGGGGACAUGUUCAUGAGCAUGCAGAGUCUGAAUGGGGCCUCUUACCAGGGGGCUCAAGUCGGAGCUAAUGUGCAGUCACAGGGGGAUACCAUACGCCAUGCUAUCAGUCAGACGGUCGGAUACAAUGAUGGGCUACGGCAUCCCAUGUACAGUCCUCACAGUCUAAAUGGUAACGGGGGAUGGCACGGUGCACCUACUCCCUCCUCAGUGACGUCCCCAAACGAAGGGCCAGGCAGUGUGCACUCUGAUACCUCAAACUGACCACCUCACUGAUCGUCUCUUUUCCACCUAAUAUGCUACCGUGCCCUCGACCAAUGUGACUGAACCAAACAGAGGCCAAACAGAACCAAUCACCUCCCUCGACUGAGUCUAACCC